AUGGCUCGCGACGUUAUUGAUCUGAUGAAUUAUCUUGGAUGGACGAGAAAUAUUCAUGUAAUUGGAGUUUCUAUGGGUGGUAUGAUCGCUCAAGAGUUGGUUUUGGCGAAACCCCAGUUUUAUUUAUUGAAUUAUGUAUCCGCGAGAAAGGAAUGGUUAAAGUCACCUGGUCCAAUUGGUUCCUCUUAUAGGACUAACGAAGAACGCGUAUUGGAGGAUCUGCGUAGACGAAUCGAAAGGACUCGUCUUCAACCAUUCAACGUUGUAACUGGUACAUGGGAUAAUUUGAUAAAUCCUAAUAAUAGCUAUUAUUUAGCCGAACAACUUGGUGUUGAUGUUGAAUGUUGGGAAG